AUGGCAGACCCCUUUUUCGCAUGGAGACCGCUUUUUGCUAUGGAGCAAGGUACGUUGUUGGAGUUGGGUUUGUUGCCCGUGUUGGUUUCCGCCUUUUUGUGGCAGAUCGCUGCCUCCGCUAAACUCUUGAAGGUCAACUUGGCCUACUCGUACGAUAGAGAGUUGUUCCAGACCGCGCAGAAGUUGACUUCGCUCUUUUUGGGCGCCGUUUUCGGUGUCAGUUUGAUUGCUUCGGGCUACUACGACUCUGUUGUGCGUGGCUCCGCCGACUCCAGCGCCUUUGGCUGGUACGCCUUGAUUUUCAUGCAGAUUUUCGGAUGGAAUGUUCUCUUGACCUUGGUCGUGGAGAUUUUGGACAAGGGCUACGGUUUUGGUUCCGGUGUCAUGUCUCUCAUUGCUUUGAACGCCGCCACCAGACUCGUCAGAGACGUUGCAGGUGUUGAGCUUGUGUCUGCCACUCCAGACGGCGAGCCAGAGACCUACGGUGUGGUCACUUUGUUGCUCAAGGCCUUGCUCAGCAUGGACUUUUCCGCCAUUAAGGACGCCGUUGUUGGUAUGUUCUUCCGUUCUGGCUUCCCUACCAUCGGUAUGGUUCUCGUUGUUGUCGCAUCUGGCCUCGCCACCAUCGUUUUGCAAAACUUUAGAGUUGAGUUGCCAAUCAGAUCCAACAAGGCCAGAGGUACUGCUAACGUGUACCCCAUCAGAAUGUUGUACACCGGCGCCAUGCCAGUUCUUUUUGCAUUCACCAUGGUUGCAGCUGCCCAGAUCUCCCUCCACUUUGUUGCCGUUGCUCUUGAGGCUGUCAACCCAAGCUUGGCUGCCAUUGUUGAGACUCGUUCCGAGAGCGGUGCUGCUACUGGCGGAAUCUCGUUCUACUUGAGUCCACCAACGUCUUUGACUGGAUCUCUCCUUUCUCCUAUCAGAGCCGUGACCUUUGUUUCUGCCAUUGUCAGUUUGGCUGUUGCUUUCGCCAGCUUCUGGUGCAACGUCACUGGAUCUGCUCCUAAGGACAUUGCCAAGCAAUUCAAGGACCAGAGCAUUGUUAUUGCUGGUAAGAGAGAAGUUUCCGUCACCAAGGAGCUCGGCAAGAUCAUCCCACAAGCCUCUGCCACUGGUGCCGCUGUCUUGUCUGUUGUUGCAUUGGUCGGUGAGAUGGUAGGUGCUAGCGGUAAGGCUGUGUCCGUUGUGAUUGGUGUUUGUGCAUCUUUCGCCAUUUUGGAGGAGUUCAUGAUGGAGGUGCAACAGAAUGGAGGCGGUUCUCAAUUGAUGAGUCAAUUGGGUAUGAAGUAG